AUGUAUUCGCAAAGAUUGGAAAAUACAUAUCAAUUUAAUAAGAAUUUAACAAAUCAUGAUAUUAUAAAAUAUAGUUGUAAUUGUGGCAAAUCAUAUCACUUGACAGAGUUAUAUUAUUGUAUCAGUUGUUUAAAGACCAAUUGCAAAUUUUGUAUUACAGAGGAUAUAGAUUGCUAUUAUUGCCCAAAUUGUUUAGAACAUAUAUCAUCAGCAGAGGCAUCACUAAAUGGAAAUAGAUGCAAGAAAUGCUUUGAAUGUCCAAUGUGCUUCAAUGUACUUACUUAUUCAGCAAGCACAAACGCAAAUGGUGUAGAAACAUUCUUUUUAAAUUGCACAUUUUGUAAAUGGAACUCAAUCAACUCUGGUGAAAAAGAAUUUAGAUUCGACUCCCACAGUAUUAAAGCAAAGAAUGAAGAAUCAGAAGCAUAUAUACAGUUAAAUAAAGUUUUAGAAAUUGUCAAUAAAGAAUCAGCAGAGCUAUCAUCACUAAAAGAUAAGAAAACUCUUACAAGAAUUAAAAUAGCACAGGCAAUGAAGCAGUUCCUUGGUCAGCAAUCGAAACAUCAAAAACAUAGCCAAAGAAAGAACUUUUUAAAGAGUGAUGAACAACGAUGGAUUAACUCCUCAGUACCUGAACCAUUGCCAGAUAAUAACCUACUCCCAAAGAUUACACCAGGCUCAUCAUUAUUAACAAAUGCAAACAUUAAAAAAGGUCUUACACCUAUUACAACCGAAGAUUCGGAUAAAAUGCAACAGGAUAGAGUUCAAUCGAGAAUAUUUAAUAAAAUAGAAUCAACUUUACCAACCAAUGAAAACAAUACCCUAUUUGAUGAUGCAGAAACAAAAGAUCAAUAUGAUGACGAUUUAGAUUUAGAUCAAUUAAACAAAAUAGAGGAUGCUGAUGAAAUCUCAACAUUAGCCCAAAGACUCCACCAAAUUCCAACUCAAUCAAAAUCUUUAAAGAAAUUAGAACCACAUCAUAGACCACUAUUAACUCGUAGAUCAAAGAGAUGUAAAAGAUGUGAUCGUUUAUUAAUCAAACCAGAUGUUAACCCAGGAAAAACUGAAUUCAAAAGACAACACUUCGCCUACUCUUAUUUACCACGUAUACACAUUUCAAAGAUUAAUUGGAUCGACAACGACUUAUUCGAAAUGUUUUUAGUAUUCAACAAUCCAUUACACUCCCAUCUCUUUAUGAACUUCCCAAUGGAAAUUAAAGGUUCAAUGAUUUCAUUAGAUGAUAAUGCUCAAUUGGUCGAUCUCUAUCAAAAUGAAACUUUUAUUGGUGGUCUUUUAGACGAAACCGACGAUAUGGAAAAAGAAGCUCACAUUCAGCAACUAAAGAAUUUAGAAGAUGCCAGAUAUUUCAUAGAUAGAAAAGACAAUAGAUUAAAAUUGCGUUUUAUUGGUAAAGUUGGUGUUGAAAAUUCAGUUUUUGACAAUAAUGGUCAAGACGAAGUUACACAUUUAAUUAUUCACUUACCAGAUCAAUUACUAUUAAAUACUGACGAAAACACUAUAAAUGAAAAGAAAUUCAAUUCUAAAUUUGAAAACAUUAAAUUUACCAUUUGCUUAGAGUUUUCAACAAAAUCAUUAACUUUAAAUAAUAAUAAUAAUAGUAGUAGUAAUAUAGCAUCGACCACACCAAAAGAUGAAAACGAUAACACCCCAUUAGGAUCAAGUGGUACUUUACAACCACCAUCAGAAUCAGCUUCACAAAAAACACUUUUAAAAAUACUAUUUGAUAUUCCUUCAAAAAAUUUUACAAAUACCCAAUUAUAA